UUAAUUUCUAUCCCUUGGUUUUCCCAAUCUUCUCCGGCGAGGGGGUUUUCUGAUGAUUUUUGGCGACGACAACCCUCUUGUUCUGUGGAUAUGGGUUUAAAGGCUUAAAAACACGGCUGAAAGUGAAAACUUAGCCAUAAUUUGGCUGCUUCCUCAUCUUCUCUACUCUCCAUUCGUUUCUUCACGAUUAUCCGCGUCCCUUUUCGAUUUCCCACAUCUGGAUUCUGUUCAGAAAGGAGAUUUUGAGCAGAAGAAGGAACCCAACAACUCCGGCGAGGUAAUUAUGUCCAGAAAAAGCGUCGGAGGAGGAGCUGCGCUUUCGAAGGACGCGCCAUGGAGGGCAUCCGGCAGACCCAUUCCCAAAAUCCACCAUGCCCCUGUGCUCCGAAUUUCCCAAUCCCCCUUUUCCAAUUACGCCCUCUCCGUCAUGAAGCAUCCUGAUCCGAUUGGAAGCGGAUUGGCUACGGAUGCCAUCUUAGAAGCGGCUGGGCCUGAUUGUAUCGUGCCAGGACAAUCUGCACCUGUCAAACUACUUGGUCUUAAGGUAUGGCCCAUUGAUCUCGAUCUGAAGUUUUUUGAGCCUGUUGGCCGGGAGCUUAAAUUACUUGGAAAGUUUAUGGAUGAUGCGGUUAACCUCAUGAACAAGUCGUUCAUAGAUCGCUAGACGUAGUAGUUCUAAUUGAUGAGGAGUUGCAUGAAGCUGCAAUUUUCGCUGGCUCAGUGAGUGGCAACUUAAUCCAGUUGAACUGCCUCUACAUAAUUUCCUUCCUCUUCUUACCUCUUCUUACUGAAUACUCUCAUGUAAAAACAGUCCUGGCUUCAGAAAGCAGUUUUGUUACUCCUGUUUCUGUAGCUUUUCUUUUCGGCUCUUAAACAGUCAGUGAAGUUACCUGUAAGGUUUUUCCAUGGGGUUUUGAUUGAAAAAGGCUAUUAUGUAGAAUAACCGUCAGCUUUUAUA